UAUUUUUUAAUUUAUUUUGUUCUUCAGUUUUUUAUAAAAUUUAAACUUUGUUUCAAAAAAUAAUGAAACAAUGGAACACAUUUAAAUAGUGAUAUGAACCAUUGAUGGACUCGCACAGUUUAAGCACUGCAGGAUGGACAAGUACAUGCAAAAUAUCCAUCCCGCACACAUAGCGCUUGGUAUAAUGAUAGGUGCAAGUGGAACUUUGGUUGCUGUUCAACUUUACUCUUUGUUGCGAAAACAACCAAGAAAAAGCAAUGCUCUGCUACAGCAGCAGGAUGUUCAUUUAUCACUCUAUCAAUCUGCCGCUCCUUUGAUGCGAAGUCAUCAUUCAAAUAGUCUGACAUCAGCUACCCUUAUGCUUAACAAUGACCCUGUUGAUAAUGAUUUGUCACAGCCAUCUGGACCAACAUCUGUUCAUAGAUUUCUUUCAGAAAAUGAAGAAGCUGCUUGUUUGAACAAUGAUGUUGACCAUAAAAAGGAAGCUGAAAAAUUGCUUUGUCUACUUUAUAGCAUUGGUGAAACGCAAUCAAAACAAACUUAUAUAAUUCAUCGUGGAAUAAGUUGUAAUAUAUGUGGGACUAACCCUUUGACUGGUGUUCGUUUUAAAUGUAUCAAUUGUGUUGACUAUGAUGUUUGCUCUCGAUGUGAACCAUCAUGUAAUCAUCAGAGAACACAUGUUUUUGUAAAAAUCACCACACCAAUACCACCUCUAGUUAAUCCGCGUUCUGCCAUGCUGCCAACUUUUUAUCCAGGUAAAAACAACUUAGAAAGUUCUUUGCCACUAAAUGAAAUAAUGGUUCUUCGCGAAAAAUCCAGUUUUGAUGCAGCUUAUAUUGAAGUUUUAUAUGAUCAAUAUUUGUCACUCUGCAAUGAUGACCGAGGCAUCACAAAGGAUGUGUUUCAAAUGUGUCUUGGACCACUUACGUCAAAGAAAAAUUUAGUUGUUCAACAAUUGUUCCAGUUUUAUGAUCAAGAUAAAGAUGGGAUUAUUAAUUUUAAUGAUUUUAUACACGGAAUGUCUGUUUUAACAAAGGGCUCAAAAGCAGAGCGCAUGAAACAUAUAUUCAAUGGAUAUGAUCUCGAUGGAGAUGGUUAUAUUUCUCGAGAUGAUCUAAUACAGAUGUUGCAAGCAUAUCAUCAGCUUUCUAUGGAAAUUGUACGAGAUGUUGUGCGUUCAUGUGAAGAAGAAAUGAUGUCUACAUACGAUGACUCUGGUAACAGACCAAUAUCAGCUGUGUUUAAUGCACCCAUUCCUGAUAUUGGUAGCUCUGGGAAUUUUAUUAAAAACGAGAGAACACAAUCUGUGUCUGAAGAAAAUAAAACUUUUAUUCAAAUUAACUUAUUUGAUUCUUCGACUAGCCAAGGACUAACAAACAAAAAAAACAAUAAAAACCGCGAACGCUUGUCUGCAGUAGAAGCAAUGACUCAAGAUGCUAUUGUUGAAUUAGUUGACCAGAUCAUGCAUGAUGCUGAUAUCGAUAAAGAUGGAAAGUUGUCUGAACAUGACUUUUAUCAAUACGCUGUUAUAGAUACUUCGUUGCUUGCUUGGUUUGAAGCAAUAGAUACUGUUUUCUAAAUUUUAUUUUAUAUCAAAUUGUAUAUAGUGUUGGUAUAUUUUGUUUUUAUGAUUAAUCCAGGUUUCUUAAUAUAAAGUCUUCUUAUAACAUUGAA